CUCAUUUUUGAAUACAAGUGCCGAAUCUUCUUAGCUCGGGCGACGCUCCGCGCCUGUGGGAAGCAUCUCCUCCGGCUUAGACCGUGGAGGCAUUGAAUUGCAUUGCAUUACAUUGCAUUGCAGGGAGAAGUUGAUUAGAGAACCUCCUGUUCUUCCCCAGCCAGCUGAUCUGUGCCACCUUCAAAAGAAGUGUUGAGAGACUAGAAGAAAAGACAGUUGGAAGAAAAGAACAGCUUCCUGUUUUCCCCCAAUGGAUGAGCAGGAGGCCACAGGACCUAGUGCUUGGGAAAGAAUGGUGGGUCUUCCCAAAGCCCCAUUGGUUGCACAGAUGAGCGGCUCUGAAGAGCUUCUGAUGGAGGCACCACCACAUCAUGUGAAGCAGGAACCCACCGAGGGUUUGCAGGACCUCUGGGAGAACCAAUGGCAGGAGUUCCUCAAGACCCUGCAGGCACCAGAGUUGGAGUGGGGAACUUCUCAGAUGUCUGAUCGGCUCACUCCCUGGGACGAUGCCAGAACCUUCCUGGCCUCCUUUGAACAAGUCGCAACCGCUUGCCGAUGGCCCCGGGAUAAGUGGGUGACCUUUCUCCGGCCAGCCCUGAGCGGAGAGGCCGAGCAAGCCUUCAGCCUCCUCCGCGUUCAAGGGAGGGCAGACUAUGAGAAGGUGAAGGCGGCCAUCUUGGAAGAAGAGGCCGCCGCCCGGGAGAGGCAGCGACAGCACUUCCGGCAACUCCGCUACCAGGAGACGGAAGGGCCGAGAGGCAUCUAUGGGCAACUGCGGGAGCUCGGCUGCCGGUGGCUGAAAGUCGAGAGACGCACGAAAGACGAGAUUUUGGAACUGCUAAUCCUGGAGCAGUUCCUCAGCAUCCUCCCGGUGGACAUGCAAAUUUGGGUCAGGAAACGUAAACCUGGCGGCUGCACCCAGGCGGUGGCCUUGGCUGAGGACUUCCUGUUGAAACGGAAAGAGGCCGCAAAAUUGGAACCAAAGGUGCCACCUACAGAGGAGGCUGUGGAACCUUCUGAGCCAGGACAAGCUCUGGAUUGCUGGGCUGCCCAGCUCAGCAGAGACACCAAGGAAGGCGAGCUCAAGGAAGCAACGUGGCUGUGUGAUGACCAGGAGUGGGGGAAAGGGGUGAACUCCAUUCAUCCCAAAGGACCCAAGGAUGUUUGUCUGGAAACAAACAAGGAUUUCCAAUACUGUAAGAAUGGGGCAACGUUGGAAGGUCCAAGCAAAAGGGGGAAUUUGCCAGCAAUAGGUCCUGAGAAGGGGGUGGACCUGACUAUUUUCUGCACUGAUGAUCCGGGCCGUGCUCCAGAACAGCAGAAAUUCUUGGGUGACCAAGUGCAGCACACCAAAUCGGACCAUAGAGGAAACUUUGGACAAAGCUCGGAUCUUCUCCCGCGUCAGAGCACAUAUACGGCUGGGAAAUCAUAUCUGUCUUUGCAGGGUGAUAACAGCUUGAUGUCAACCCAGGCCCUUAUAACCCAGUCGGGUGUUUACAUGGGUCCAGGAAGCAUGAAAUGCUCCCCUUGUGAUCAACACUUCAACUCUGCUUCAAGUUUCAAGGAGCAUCUGAGUACCCAUAACGGAGAGUCUUCCUUUGACUGCUGUUAUUGUGGAAGAAACUUUGGAUCCAGUUCAGCCUUACGGGAACAUUUCCGCGCGCACACGGGAGAGAGGCCGUACCGAUGCCCGGACUGCGGAAAGAGUUUCAACCAGAAGCAUUAUUUGACCAUCCACGAGAGGCUGCACAGCGGAGAGAAACCCUACCAAUGCAUUCACUGCGGAAAAAGCUUUCCGGAGCGAUCCCGGCUUCUCAUCCACGAGCGGAUCCACACGGGCGAGAAUCCCUUCGUUUGCUCCGAGUGCGGGAAGGGCUUCAACCAGAAGGGGAAUCUCAUGACCCACAUGAGGCUGCACACGGGAGAGAAACCGUACAAGUGUGCUCUUUGCGAGAGGCGGUUCAGCCAAAAGUCGGGCCUCAGCGCCCACGAGAAAACCCACAUCGGUCUGAAAAGAACAUUUUGAUAAAGGCUGCUGGGCUGGUGCCUCGAGUGGAUGAAACUUGUUUUAGAGGAAAAUCACAAACCUCAUAUCGAAGGGAAACUUCAGAAUUGCAUCGAGAUAUCUAGGAAAAUGUAAUUCCAAACCUGGGUUUCUCAACCAUGACAACUUUAAGAUGUUUGGACAAUUCCCCAGCCAGCGUGGCCAUUGCUAAAAAUUACUAAGAGUUGAUGUCCAGAUAUCUUAAAAGUUGCUACAGUUGAGAUAUUCUGCCUUAGAAGUGUAGACUAUGCAGCUGUGUGGCCCCCAUCGGGGCGGAGGUAUUGCUGAUAGAGAUCAAGGGGGUGGCUUCAUUAGCUUCGGAGGAAUGUGGGGAGGGGCAGGCUGAGGCAGCCCAGGGCCCCGCAGGAUUGGGAUGGCUUGUUAGCAGGGAGGAAUGGGGGCAGGAUGACCAACAGAGGGCAAACAGUGGACAUGAGGAGCGACAGAGCUCAGUCGAUGAGCAAGGACCGCCCCCUCCUGAUCCCUGAGCAUGGAGAGUGGAGAGAAGGCGGGAAAAGCUCAGGCUUCGGCUCCUUCACAAGGCACACCUGGGGACUGAGAUCUAAGGAGACGCUGUGCGGAAGGGGCAUUUGUCGGGAACAAAUGCUGAAUUGGUAGAGUUUGAGGUGCUGGUACAGACAUUUAGAAUUUGCAGGACUGCUUGCUUCUCCCUGACUUUGUGGACUCCAUGUUUGUUCCUUGUUUUGUGGACUCAUUUCCCUGAUCUUUUGUUUUGCUGGACUGGGCUCAGCUAGAGGCUGCCGUGUGCGAGUAUUUGUGUGCGCUUUGCCCUGGGACUUACCAAGAACGUGGGAGUGUUUGAGGGGAAAUUUGGAGCAUUAAAGGGGAGUUUGAACUCUCAGCUGGGUGGGUGACCUUCAUGCCUUGUCCCGGGUCAUCACAGCAGAACCCAUUUUCUCUGUAAAUGGAAGUUGCGCUACCUGCACACAGAUGUGGAGACAUCUGGGAGCAGCUUCCAAAGCAGCUUUCUGCAAAGCUAGGAGAGAUUUGAGGCUGCCUUUAAAAAGACAUCUUAGAGCAGGGAUUCCCAAUCCCAGGGCUGCGGCCUGUUCAAAACUGGACCACGGGAAAAUUGGGCAAGCAUGCGCACACGAAGCUCUGCUCGCGUGAGCAGAGGGUGCUUGUUCUCAUGCACUAAGCUCCACUCGCGCGAAUGGUGCCUUCUCGGGCAAGUGGAGCUUUGCGUGCGAGCUGAAGCGCUCUUUGCUUGUGCGAGUGGAUCUUUGCACACAAGUGCAAGAGCUUGCCAUUUAGCUUUGCGCACGAGCGCAAGCACCCUUCAAUCAUGCACAAAGCUCCACUCAUGCGAGUGGAGCUUCGCGCGCGAGCACCCUUUGCUCGUUUGGAGCUUCCUGCGCGAGCACAGCUGCCCUCCGCUCAAGCCCUCUCCACUCCCAGCUCCAUUCGCACGUGGAGGGCAUGUGCACCGUUCACACAAAUGGAGCUGUGUGCCCACGCACCUGCCACUCACCUGCCCUCCACACACAUGCCAGGCUGGAGUUUGUGUGUGUGUGUGUCUCUUCAAGUCAGCCCUUGACUCCUGAUUACGUUUCCUGGAGAAUGGUAGUGACAAACCGCUUUUAUAUUGCAAUAAAAAAUAAUUUUGAUAGGUGAAAUCGCCCGGAAUUGAGAUUGACUUGAGGAAGUCUGCCUUUUUAAAUAACAUGAUAAUCGUGAUUGAUGAUGAUGAUGUUAUUUCCAAGUGAGAAAACUCAGUUGUGCAAAUGUGAGCAUUGGUAUCAGCCUGCCUUAAGACAAAACCCAGAUAAGAUUUUCCUCCAGGUUGGGUGGUAACCUUUUCUUAGUAUGUUGGUUCCCAAAUAAGAGUUAUACAGUAGUUAUUUCUGUUCAUCUAUCUAGAUUUAUGUA